CAUAUUUGGUUCAGUUCUCAGUUGUUUUUCGUGUCGGAUAGUUGUCACUCGUCAGCAGCAGCGGCUCCACUUUCGAGAAAAGAAGUUAGAUCAGAAAAGAAGUUAGUGUGUGCAUUUUAUUCUAAAUUCAGCAAACCAUCAGCAGCCAGUGUGUGUUGUGCGUGUGGUUCAUUGUGAAUGAAAACACACAGUCCCCCACUCCCACGCAGAGACGGUGCGUGUGUGCUUUGUGUGCAGUUUAUCGAAAACAAUAGUGCUUGUUCUGGUUGCAAAAGUUGCGUUUUACCGUGGCCUACUAAGUGUCAAGGUGACGAAACGAAAAGGUGUUAAGGACAUUGCAGCAGCAGCAGCCUACAGAAAGCAAGUGCAUUUUUUUGUGUUCUAAAUACUUUUAUGUGUUCUUUGUGCUCCUUGCGCUACUCGAACCUCGGGCCCUUGGGAAUCGUGCAACCCAAGGCCUUCCCCAGUGUAUAACUGUGCAGUGUAGUAACAGAGUGCUGGUCUCGGAAUCACCCCGGACGACUCUGCCACCCUCGAAAUCUGCUGCAAGCAAAAUAUGAUUUGGGAUAAGUCACGAGCGAACAAUCGGAAUCACUGCCAAGAUGCAUCGACUGAUACUGCUCAAGUGACGCGCUCGCAGCUGGUCGUCUUUGCUGCCGCUACGGAACCGGAAGUAUCCAACCGAAGCUUGCACCCUGGAUACAGCAGCCAACGGGCGCUGUCCAGCCGUUUAGAGUCGUCAGUCAUAGUGCCGGAAGUCUACCGGAGAAGCUCGAUUACCGAAAGUUACUACAGUCUGGACAAGGUCGUGUCGUGAAGUGUGUGUCGGGAAGUGGUGCACGGAGUGCCGUACAGGCGAUAGAAAGCUACGAAAGCGUUGGCUUCAGGUGUGUACAAUAGAAAGCUAUCAAAACGAUAUUACGAGUUACGAGCAAAAGUGAUAAAGUAAAACUGGAGUUUAGUUUGAGAGUAAAAGUUGUUACCUGUUCCGCCGAAAAAAAAGCAAAAAGUUCGAAGCAUAGUGCUUGAAACCUGUUGAAAGCGAAAAAGAAGAGAAUCGUGAUCGAAGCUUGUGAAGCAAAGUUGUUGCGAAAUUUAGGGGGCUGAUAGUUUCUCAUUUGAUAUUUAUCCGUUUUUUCUGUUUCUCCAAUUCGUCUGCAUCGUUUGACGUAACGUAAAGUGCUUGUGUGUCAGUGUGUGCGUGCGUGACGAGUUGAGUCCACCCCCUCGUUACUUAUGAAAAAGUACUUCCUGAAUAAGAUGUCAACCGGUAAGCGCUUGGCAAAACGCUCCAUCAUCGGUACCCGGGUGUGUGCUCCGGGCGCCGAUGGUAUCUGGUAUUCCGGCGUGAUCCAAGCGGUUAAAACGCCCCCGUUGGCCAACCAAAAGGACAACACCAACUGCAUCAAUCUGACGCCGAACACCCGCUACUCGGUACGGUUCGACAGCAAGCAGGACAUCUCGCGUCGCGGGCUGGCACGGGAGUUCCGCGAGAGCGAACUGAUCGGUCCCGGUUUCCGGGUCAUCGCGGACGUCCGGCUGAAGCCGGGCCAGAAGGUGUUCCUCACCUACAAUGGACGCGAGAGCGCCGGCGAGGUGCUGCAGCACGAUGAUCUGAAAGACGAAAUUACCGUUAGGAUCGUACCCGUUGGACAAGAGGCCCCCAUCGAACUGACCAAACGAUUGGACGAGGUUCGCCUGCUGGAAUCACGCCGCUCGCCCCGUCUGGCGGAUCAGGAAAAGGACACGGACUUUGCCCGGCUCGCUGACAUGGCCGGCGACCGGCGGCGACAAUCACACAGCAUCGACGUGCCAUUCUCACUCACGCAACAAAAUGGAUCUCGUAAACGACGCCCGUCAUACUCACAGGACGAUCGGGAAUACUUCAGCAUCAACGAUGACGACCCGAUGGACGAAUGCAAUGCCGCCCUGGUACUUAUGAGUUUGUCCUGUUCGCCAAAUUCUUCCGUGACGGGCUGGGAAACUGUGCUGGGCACCAGCUCGAGCAGUAGCACCACCUCGUGGAGCACCGGUUCGACCACACCGCCGCUCAGCGAGGAUGGCCAUUCCACGCCGCCGAACAACAGCGUCAGUAGCAGCAGCGGAAUCAACAGCAACGGAAGCAGCCCAGAAAAUAAUAACAACAACAACAGCAACAACAAUAACAAUACCACCGCUACCAACAACAACAACAACAACAACGCGUCGAUCACCGCCAACAGCAAUUCCAGCAGCAACGAGACGGUCAUUCGCGGACCCCGGACAACAUCGUUCUCUGACGAAGGCAUCGGAAUGGAUUACAGCGAGGACAUGAAAAGAAAACGACGGGCAAGUCAACCAAUUUACAAAUGCACCUGGAAGGGUUGUGGAGUAAUCUACACAUCUUGUUCUGAGGUCACCGCUCACGUACGAAACGCACAUCUUGGCCCGGACGCGGCCAGCGACGACGAGGAUUUCUACUUUAACGAGUUCGAGGAUGAGAGUGAUAGCGGUCACAGUGCACCCCAUCCGCCAUCGCCACCGACUCUGAGCCACCGCGAUAUGGCUCGACCUCCGCACGAGGAUCCGGAGUACCAGCGGCAAAUCGUUGGCAACUACCGGCAAGGGCUGCUGUCGAUGUCGUCCGCCGCCCAGCAGCAGCAGCAGCAGCAGCAGCAACAUCAUCACCACCAGCAGCAGCAUCACCAACACCAUCAGCAUCAGCAGCUGAGCUCGGCUGGUGCCAUCAAACCCCCACUGCCACUGCCGGGAGCGGCCACGGCUGCCGGUCAUCCGCUUCACCAUCCGGGGUUAAACAAUAAUAACAACAACAACACCAUCAUCAGCGGCCAGGGCAACAACAGCAGCAGCACCAGCAGCAGCAGCAACAACGGAAGCUCCGCCAACAGCAGUAGCAACGGCAGCGGCGCCGUGCAUCCACACAGUAAUACCUCGCCGCUGAUACACCACAAUUACACCUGGACGCAGAUUAGUCCGACCUCUCCCCAGAAGCACGUCCGCCUAUCGCCCCGACCGUCGGCCUCCUACCCAUACCCGUCGCCAAACUACUCAAACCAAAUAGCUCAACAACAUCACUACCAACAGCAGCAGCACCUCGGCCAAAUCCAGCUCUCGCCGGGCGGUACCAACUAUCACCACCAGUCGACGAUUCCGCUCUCCACGGGCAGUGCCGGCGGUCAGGUGCAACCUCUCAACGGUUCCGGGGCGUUCGCGACGCCCGGCACCAGCCCUGGCGCCGCCAGCAACCGGUCACCGCUCUCGCCGAACCGCCGGACGCGGGGCGAGAACAAAAAGUGCCGCAAAGUGUACGGCAUGGACCACAAGGAUCAAUGGUGCACCCAGUGCAAGUGGAAGAAGGCCUGCAGCCGCUUCGGGGACUGAUCCAAGUCGCGCAAGCAUCCGCCGCAGCCAUCCGUGGUGACGGCGGCCACCACUGCGUCGACAGCGACAACAACGGCCACGGGAGCGUCGCAGCAGGCGACGUCAGCGGCUGUUGCUGCGGCCACCGCGGCAGCAGCGCCCCUAGCGGUUGCACUAUCAAACCACCUUCAUCACAACCACCACCACCACCACCACAACAACAACAACCAUCACCAUCACAACAAUAGCAGCCAGCAGCAAUCAGUCUGAUGUGUGCAAAGAGCAUGCCUGCCGUGUGGUUCUGCGUGCGUGAGUGAGUGAAACAACAGAAAGUGUGCGCGAUCGGUAUGCUUGCGUGUGUGCGUGUGCCGGAACGGAUGAGCGAGAAUGGAAUGGAAAUGUGUUUGUGAUGUGUCAGAGAAGCGCGCGUGCACUGUAAAUAUAACCGUGAUAUAUUUUAGCGAGAACAAUGAAAAAACCGAUUGAAAAAUAAGUAAAAAAUGAAAAAAUCAAUUCGUAAAGUUUGUAGGUUCUAUUGAGUGUAAUAAUGUUAGUUAUUUAUAUUCUCAGCAAUCGUGUGUAAAGUCGCAGCCAAUACCAAUUGUACAGAAAGAGGAUUGAAUAGAGUGGAAACUACCUAAAAACGAAGAGAAAAAAAAAGAGAGUAAAACAUAGCGGUUCUAGUUGAACGAACAUUAUUUUUAUACUGCAAAACAAAAAAAAAACAAUAGUGUGACUCUAAACAAAAAACUUUCUACUACAGCACAUUGUUGCCAGUCUACAUUUUUCUUUAUUUGUUUCUACACUGCACAUUAAGCUUACCCACUAUACACUGAAAAAAAAUGGAACGCAAUUUUAAUCAUCCACUGCAGAAACAGAAAAGUUUAAGCUUCAAGUUGAACUAUGUGAUUUUAAACUGUUGACAAUUUUUUCAAGGAAAAACGUACUACAAAGCUAAGCAUCGCUGUUGUUCUAACUACUCUUUUUUGUUGAUUUUAAUGCAUAGUAAUGGUCUAAAUGUUGUACUCUAUUACUCGUUUUUUAACAUACCUACACACCAUCGCAUCGGAAACAGUAUAAAUCAAUCAAUUGCGGAGCAGGCAAGUUGAACAAAAUUCGCUUACAAAACAGCAUCAAUAACAAGCAGCAAAAAAAACAUAAAGAAAAUGGCAGUGUUUCUCUAGAAUACCUUCAGGAAAUACUAAAUACUAGCAAGCAAGCAAGCAUUGUGGAUCGCGCUAAGAACACUGAAUCGGAGGAGAAUUUAAAUUGGCUUUUGGAUGACGAUUGUCCUAUCUCUUUAUCGAAUUACUCGAAAAAAUCGGAAAAAUAAUACAACCAUUAAUUAAUGCAACAAGACUUUUAAAGGCUGAUUUAGUUUUUAACGAACAAAACCAGAAUAAAAACGAUUUGAUGUAAAACAAAAAAAAGCAUUCGUCAACGCUGCGAAUGCGAAAAUUCAUGGAAAAAGUGGAUCGUACUGACACACACAAACAGGUCAUAUCAGCGCGCAUUCUUAUAUGCAAUCAAAAUAAUAAAAAAAAUUAAACAAAAAAUCCAAAUGCAAUUGAAAAUACCCCAGCCGCGUUCCGCGUCCCGAUCAGCACGCGAGGCAAAAUGCGGCCAAUGCGGGCUACGCGCAGUGACGUGGGUUUAAGUCCCCAACACGACACCAACACCAACAUCCGUUCGUUCGUUCGUUCGUACGUUCGUCACUGCGCAUGCAGUGUGACAUAAAAACAAAACCAACUCACAACAAAACAAACACACAGACACACAUGAAAAUGUGACAAGAAAAGCGAAUAAAAUCACUGCCAAUAAUAUUAAAAUCAACCAAGCAAACGGGGGAUAAACCAGUAAAAAAAAGCGAAAACAUCUAAGCCGUGAAAUUACAUUAAAACUUAAUAAACAAACAAACAAAAAAUUAUAUCGACUAAUUAAUCUAGCUGCUACAACGGUAUGUACGUGUGAAACCUAAACGUGUUUGACUUGUUUUUUCCAACAAAUAAAAAGAAAAAGAAAAGAGGAAAACACACACAGUAAAGAGUAAAGCGAAAAAGUAAAUGGAAAAGAACAAAACGAUGAUUGCUAUAACGUUAAGCCAACUCUAUCUCUCUCACCUCUAUCUCUCGUUGAAGUGACUAAAGUUUAAGAGGAAAAAAACGUAAAAAGUAAAACAAAACAAAACGAAAAAAAAAAUCGCAAACCCGUGGCAAGUUAAGUCUAAUAAUUUACGGUAACAUUUAAGCAUGAAUACUGGAACUAAACACGAAGAAAAAAAAAUCAAUGGAACAGGAGGAAAACAACAAAACAUGCAAAGAGAGAGAGGACAGACAACCGGUUUGAAAUGUGAUAUACCCCCUCCCCCCUAUGGUCCAAAACAAAAAGCCUGGGCCCGGGAAGGGGGGGGGGAGAAAAACGAAGCGAGUUUCGACUGCUUUUUUUUGUGUUCUCAAUUUUUGCUUUUUUUUUUAAAAAAAGGUACCUUUAAUUUAUAUUUACAAUGAUCCCCCCACCCCUGGCAGCGCAGAAAAAAGUGGAUGUGCUUACCCCCACCUCCCUCCCCCCCUUGCCUCCUCUUUUUGAAAAAGGGUUUGAACGGGGAUUUGGUGAGAGGGCAGUGUUGCCGAUGAAGUGUUUUUUUAAAUAGGCUUGACAAAGACUGCCUUUUUUUUUACAGUUGGACUUCAAAUAUUUUAUCUAAUUCUAAGAGUAUUUAUUUUUAGCUUAAGUACACGGACGGGUACGAAACUUGGCUAGAGAACUGAUUGAUGGCCGGCGCCGCCGGUUAGUAUUGUGGGUUUGAAAAAAAAACAGGAAAACAGGAAAGGAAAAGAUGGCUAACUUCUUGCUGAAGCACAUCCAUUUGUCUGUGAUUUUUUUUCUUUCAAGAAUGUGGUAAUGAAGUUGAACGACUGCCUUGAAAGGCAGCGUUUUUCCUUCGGUAAGAACGGGGCAAUAAGUGCAGUAAGGUACUACUGGUCUGUGACGAUCCCUGAGCUUCCUUUAUUUUUCGAUAAUUUCAAGUUGCAAUACGAGGGCGCUUCCUUCAGCAGCAUAAUGUCUAGUCGUGGUUUUAAUUAAUUCGGUGGAAAUUCCAAUUUCACGACCACGAGCAAUAGUUGCCGAUCGUAGCAACCGGUCUGAAAAGUACCCCAUCGCCAUCUCAACGGAAAGGCCGUUGGGUUGUUUACUUGACAGUUGCUAAGUUUCAGCUGCUAGGGAAGCGCACUGUGAUACGCGUAAAUUUUGUUGAUCUUCCACAAAAGUAUCUGUUGAUAAAAGUUGUUUUUUUUUUAGUUUUCAAGAACUUAACGAAUAUGAAACUACGUAAUGACAAAGAAUGAAAAAAAAAACAAAAUGGAAAUCUGUUAAACCAUAGUAAGUAGUAAGAACAAGCUGAUCUCCUAAAAAUUGUAGAAAAAAAGGCUUUUAUCGAAUUCCGCGUAACGAUUCUUCCCCGCUGUGUGUCGCAUAGUUUGAAGAAGCUGUCAGUGAGACAAGCGGCGGUGCGUUGUAGUGACAUCAUAAAGAGGGCAAUAAAUUUAAAAAUGAAAAAAAUAAAACGUUCCCCGUCCCUUUGAGAAAAAAAAGUGAAACCCAAAAUUGACUGAAAACAAAAUUCUACCAAAUUGAGCUAAUUGAAGAUAAUCAAAAUGCGUUAAAAAGUGGAUGAGACAAAGAAGAAAAAAAAUUAACAACACCAACUCUCAUCUAGCAAGCAAGCAAGCAAGCAAAACACAAAAACAAUACGGAAGCAAUCGAUCGAUAUUGGCAUAUUGUACUCGCGCGUGCGUGCAAAUUAAUCCAACCACAAAAAAAACAUAAAAAGAGAAUCACACACACAGAUAAUCGUGACAAUCGUGAACAUAACGGAAGCAAAUGCAAAACAUUGAAAAUGUAUCGUAAGUACCAAUCGGUUGUUUCUUUGUUUUUCUUUCUUUUUUCGAUUCUGUAAGAGGAAAAAAAACCAACACAUUUUGAGGUUAGAGAUUCGACGACGCACACCACGCAUACGAGCAAAGCAAACCAAAACUGACUAAAUUAGACUCGAAAAUUUGCGCGAAUGAAAAAAUACUACAAAAUAAAAGACUAAAUUUUUUGCCUCUUUAUAUGUACAAAACAAAAAAAAACGUAAUUCAAUACUUGUAUUUGGGUGCAACUUUACCGAACAGGCGGCGCGGAGGUACUAGGCUACAUGGCGACCGUCACGAAACCUUUGCGCAGCAAAUUUUUGCAUCUCAUUAUAGUAGGCCAACGCCAAAUGAAACAAGAAGAAGUAAAAAAACGCACUGCAACCGAAUGCAGCAGGCGAAGACAUCCUUAACAAAGGAAAAAAAACAACCAACUGAUCGCAUGUAAGCUAAACUAGGUGUUUGUUUACGUUUCUAUUCUGUUUGUUAGUCGGUGAAGAAACUACAUACCAGAGAACGAGCAGAAGGAAAAUAAUUGAUGUUGGCUCUUCUUCAUCUCUUUCUACACCCACAACAGACCUGUUGUUACGCUUUCGACAGCCGCUGAAGAAGUGCUGAAAAAUAAUAGGGAAAAACUGACGCACGCACAUAGAAAAUCAAAACCAAACCAAACACACACACACACACUCGGCAGAGAUUCGAUCGAUAUCCCUCCAACAAAAGUGAAGAAAACAUAACAUUAGGAAGUUAUCCAAAGCAAAAACUAAUGCUAUCAACCACUCUCAUUCUAUAGUAAGCUAAUGUUUAAAUAUUCGUUGGUGGUUUUGAGGGUGGUGACGUUUGCUCGUUCGUUGGAGCUGUCAAAUUCUUUCACUGUCCGAUGGGCGGCGAGGCCUACUUUGACGGACGGACGAACUUCAUCGCCCCAAACCAGAAAAUAUUCGUCGUCGUGAGGUAGAGAACUAUGCGUCUAGAGUACGAGAUUGAUUCACACUUUUUUCUACAACUCCCAAUCAUUAUCGGAUAUAAGAUUGUUGUUAACAAAUGAAAUAAAAAAAACUUUACUCCAAUCCCAAAAAUCAAAAAUAACAAAACAAAAAAAAAAUACGAAAACCUGAGCCAGUAAAUCCCAUGGAUCCCACAGAGCGAGUCCUUCCUUUCCCCAUUCCAAAAUCCCCGAAUAAGAAGUAAACUAACUAAUAAAUUGAAAACUGAAAACAGGUGUUAUGAAAUUGAACUGUAGAAUUUAAAUGUUUUAUUCCUCCCCGAAAGAAAGAAAGAAAGAAA